GCGCGGACUACGAGUCCCAGCAGGCGCCGCGCCCGCCUGACCGCCCCGCGGCGCCCCUGGACCCCGGCGGCCGCCCGCGACCCCCGCCCGCCCGCCGCGCCUGCGCCGGGACCGGGGCCUCGGGGGCUGAGCGGCCGCGGCGCGCGCCAUGCGGAGGAGCGAGCGCAGGGGCGCCGGGGGGUCGCGGCCGGGGUCGCCCGCGGGCAAGGCCUGCCUGGAGGAGCCCGCCGGCCGAGCGCCGGGGCCGGGCCGCCGCAGCACCGAGUCCGAGGUCUACGACGACGGCACCAACACCUUCUUCUGGCGGGCACACACCCUCACUGUCCUCUUCAUCCUUACCUGUGCACUGGGCUACGUGACACUGUUGGAGGAGACGCCUCAGGACACGGCCUACAACACCAAGAGGGGCAUCGUGGCCAGCAUCUUGGUGUUCUUGUGCUUUGGAGUCACGCAAGCAAAGGACGGGCCAUUCUCUAGACCUCACCCAGCGUACUGGAGGUUCUGGUUGUGCGUGAGCGUGGUCUACGAGCUGUUCCUGAUCUUCAUUCUCUUCCAGACGGUCCAGGACGGCCGGCAGUUCCUCAAGUAUGUGGACCCCCGACUGGGGGUGCCGCUGCCUGAGAGGGACUACGGGGGAAACUGCCUCAUCUAUGACCCGGGCAAUGAGACAGACCCCUUCCACAACAUCUGGGAUAAGCUCGAUGGCUUUGUUCCUGCCCACUUCAUCGGCUGGUACCUGAAGACCCUGAUGAUCCGCGACUGGUGGAUGUGCAUGAUUGUGAGCGUCAUGUUUGAGUUCCUGGAGUACAGCCUGGAGCACCAGCUGCCCAACUUCAGCGAGUGCUGGUGGGACCACUGGAUCAUGGAUGUGCUGGUGUGCAAUGGACUGGGCAUUUACUGCGGCAUGAAGACACUCGAGUGGCUCUCCCUGAAGACAUACAAGUGGCAGGGCCUCUGGAACAUCCCCACCUACAGGGGCAAGAUGAAGAGGAUUGCCUUCCAGUUCACACCCUACAGCUGGGUGCGCUUCGAGUGGAGGCCAGCCUCGAGCCUGCGGCGCUGGCUGGCCGUGUGCGGCAUCAUCUUGGUGUUCCUGCUAGCCGAGCUCAACACCUUCUACCUCAAGUUUGUGCUGUGGAUGCCACCCGAGCACUACCUGGUACUGCUGCGCCUCGUCUUCCUGGUCAACGUAGGCGGCGUGGCCAUGAGGGAGAUCUAUGACUUUAUGGAUGACCUGAAGCCCCACAGGAAGCUGGGCCAGCAGGCCUGGCUGGUGGCAGCCAUCACAGUCACGGAGCUGCUGAUCGUGGUAAAGUACGACCCUCACACGCUGACGCUGUCGCUGCCUUUCUACAUCUCCCAGUGCUGGACACUCGGCUCCAUCCUGGUGCUCACCUGGACUGUCUGGCGCUUCUUCCUGCGGGACAUCACACUACGAUACAAGGAGACACGGCGACAGAAGCAGCAGAGCGACUCAGAUGGCACCAGCCACAUGGACGCGUGUCUGGAGCCAGAGGACAACCUACCUGGGACAGCCAGGGACCAGCAGCCUGAGCCUCGGGCAGAGCCACCCUCGGCCACCUCCUGACCCGCAGCCUCUACCGCUGGCACUCCGGUUCCUGGCAGAUCCACCUCCUCUGCCCUCACUGAGCUGGAGGGGAACUCACAUGUGUGUCCAUGGCCACUGUGUGGUACGAGCGCUAUAGCCCCAAGACUUGUCCAUGGCGGAGGCCGGGGCCCCACUGUGCCCUCUGCCUGCGGGGGUGGAGGGAUGUGGACCCCACCGAGCACAGGAGCCACACAGAUCCAGACGGGAUCGACAACCAAGGGACAGCAGGGUCUACAGUCUGGCCGCCCGCGCUCCCGCCAGGCCCAGGCAGGGGACACGCGCAAGGCCGGUGUGGUCAGCCAAGAGUGUGUGCAGG